UGCCACGUGUGUCGCUGUCAUCAAACAAAUACACAACAAAAAUGGCGAUCUCUUUACAGGAGAAGCAAAUUAAUGCUUUAAAGCGUAUGCUAAAUUUUAACCAGCCAAUUACCAAGGCAACUAACGCAGAACCCCAGUGGAAAGUUCUUAUUUAUGAUAGAUUCGGUCAGGAUAUUAUUUCGCCUUUAUUGACUAUCAAAGAACUUAGAGAUAUGGGUGUAACGUUGCAUUUGAGUCUUCACUCAGAUCGCGACCCUAUUCCUGACGUUCCUGCCAUUUAUUUUGUGAUGCCAACCGAAGAUAAUAUCCAGCGUCUUUGUAGAGAUUUCCAAAAUCAACUCUACGAAUCCUACUAUCUUAAUUUCAUUUCUGCCAUUUCUAGACAGAAAUUAGAAGACAUUGCACAGGCUGCUCUACAAGCCAAUGCAGUACAACAAGUUUGCAAAGUUUUUGAUCAGUAUUUAAACUUUAUAUCACUUGAAAAUGAAUUGUUUACACUAAGGCACCAAGACAGAGACUCUAUUUCAUAUUAUGCCAUAAACAAAGGUGAUGUCAAAGACACUGAAAUGGAUGUAAUAAUGGAAAGCAUUGUUGACAGUCUAUUUUCUGUGUUUGUUACUAUGGGAGUUGUUCCAAUUAUUCGUUGUCCCAAAGGGAAUGCAGCAGAAAUGGUUGCAGAAAAGCUAGAUAAAAAACUUAGAGAGAAUUUACGUGAUACCAGGAAUAGUUUAUUUACUUCUGAUGGUGUUCCAGGGCAGUUCAGUUUUCAAAGACCACUUCUAGUUAUUUUAGAUCGUAAUCUAGAUAUGGCCACAAUGCUUCAUCAUACAUGGACUUAUCAGGCUCUUGCUCAUGAUGUUUUAGACCUUAAGCUGAAUCGUAUUGAGAUAGAGGAAAUUAUUGAAGAUGGCUCCCAUGCAAGCUCCCCUGCAAGAAAGCCCAGAACUAAAAAGAAAGUUUAUGAUUUAUCAGCUAGGGAUAAAAUGUGGAUGGCUCAAAAGGGCCACCCAUUUCCAGAAGUUGCAGAGGCUGUUCAGGAAGAAUUAAAUAACUAUAGGCAAGAAGAAGGUGAAGUUAAAAAGUUAAAGGCUGCUUUAGGAUUAGAAGGUGAAGACGAUACUGCAAUAAGUAUGCUUUCAGACAAUACAGCAAGGCUUACAUCAGCUGUUACAUCUCUUCCAGAACUGUUGGAGAAAAAGCGUCUUAUUGAUAUGCACAUGAAUAUAGCCACUGCUCUACUGGAGCAAAUAAAAGCCAGGAAGCUUGAUACGUAUUUUGAAACAGAAGAAAAAAUGAUGAGCAGAGCCUCUCUAAAUAAGUCGCUUAUGGAUAUCAUUUCUGAUCCUGAGGCUGGAAAACCUGAAGACAAAGUUCGUCUUUUCAUCAUCGCACUUAUUUGUGGUCCACCAAUGUCUGAAGCAGAAAUAGACCAAUACUGUGUCGCACUGCAGGGUGCCAAUUGUGAUAUUUCUGCUGUUCAGUAUGUUCGGCGUUGGAAAUCUUAUUCAAAAUUGCAGGCUCCAGCUAGUCAAUACACAGGAGGUGGCAUCAGCUCAACUAGCAUGUUUUCUGGACUGUUAUCUAAAGGAUCUCAAUUUGUCAUGGAAGGGGUUAAAAAUCUUGUAGUUAAAGGCCACAAUCUCCCAGCUACAAGAAUUGUUGAUGCCUUAAUGGAUUUGAAAUCACUGCCAGACAGUGAAGACUUUCGUUAUUUUGAUCCAAAACUGUUAAGGGCAGAUGCUACAUCUGUGCCAAGAAACAAAACUCCAUUUCAAGAAGCUUAUGUUUUUAUUGUUGGUGGUGGUAACUAUAUAGAGUUUCAAAAUCUCAUGGAUUAUGUGAAAUCUAAAUCAACACCUUCUAUGCCGAAAAAGAUUGUGUACGGUUGUAGUGACUUGGUUAAUGCCUCACAAUUCUUGAAGCAAUUAUCUCAUCUUGGUCAGGAAAUUUAAUUAUUAGGAAAUUUAUAAUUUAUAAAAAAUUUAAUUAGCUCUCUAUUUCACCUUCUAUAUAAAAUUGUAAUGCUCUUUGAUUUUAAAAAGCCAUUCAGUUUUGAUGAUGUUAAAAAUUAAAAAAAAUUGUGGAGGAUUAGCAUGUGAUAUUAAUAUUUUAUAUAAAUGAUUUACUGUAUUUGAAAUAUUUCUGUAAAAAGACAAAUUUGACAUUAUAGUUGAAUAUAGAUGGUACUUUAAGCAGAUGAUACUUAGCAUUAAAUUUUCUUUUUCAUUCAUUCUCAGCUAGUGCUCAGUUGUGAGAAAAGAACAAAUGUGUGGGGCAAUGGUAUAUUGUCUUUUUUUAUUAUAUCAUUAGUAUACGUAACUCACAAGGGUCAUGUACUGUCUACUUUGAGCAUGUCUAAGAUUUUAUUUAAAUUUCAUUGGUAGAGUCCAAGUUGUGUUGCCUUCUGAAAUGAAGGUGUCUGUAUUAUUAAUUGUUGUUUAUCAUUCUUUGGUAUGAUGUUGAAGUCAAGCUACCGACCAUUAAUCUAAAUGUUUCAGAAAUUAAAUCUGUGUGUGACUGGAUUUUCUCACAGUGGAUGAUGCUUGGACAUUUUAGGUAGUUUCACAAACAAUUUUAAGCUUAUUGUUAGAUGUGCACCAAAAGAGAUGGUCAAGGAUAUCAAGUUAAUUGCCCCUUGUAGGCCCAGCUUUAAAUCUAAGAGAUAUCUUAUUUUAUUUUAAGGGAUAUUAAAGGGUGCCAUUGUUCUUGAUCAGCAACCUCAUUAAUAAUUGGUCACGGAAACAGCUAAACCAAACUGCCUUGUCCCAAUAAUUUCAAAGUCUUUAUAUAUAUAUUAAGUCUGACAAGGUCAGUAUAGUCUUACUUGAUUAACUAAUUUGUUAAUUUACUAGCACUACCGGUACAAUGUUAAUGGUACUCGGUAUCCUUCUUAGUACUGGGUACAAUACACUUGAACUCGUAUAGAAGAAUAUUGAGGUUUAAAGGCACCCUACAAAAUAUUGUUAAGGCUAUGGUUGAAUUUUCUUUUGUUACUUACUUUUAUGCAUAUUUUCAGUUGUGAUAUAUGUUGUGUUUUUUUCUUCUCUUUUAUAUACAGUUUGUUCUGAUAUUUGCCCGUCUAAUGUAUUGUACAUUAAAAAAAAACAUUUUGUGGCACUUUAUAAAAAAAAUAAAUCUUAGUACAGCUCACUCGUCUUAAUGAUUGCAGAUUAAAUUAAAUUAAUUUUAGUAGGUACAUUAUGUUACUCCAUGAAAGACUGUACUUGCUUUAGUAUUUUGUUUGGACAUUUUAUCUCUAUAUUUCAGACAUUAAAGAUUUUCACUAUGUGAAGGCUUGAAUUUGACUCUGAUAAAGAAAAAAAUGAGUAAAAAUAGUUAAAAAAUUGUGUCCAGUUCAAUGCAAGUAAACCUUUGAGAUGAUGCCCUACUUUAUUAAGCACACUUUUCUAAUUACCUACUUGAAACAAACAAUUUAUUGGCAGAUAUAGAAUAUACAUUCAUUGAGUCAAUAUGUUGUAUUCCUUGAACAGCUUGGCGUCUGUUGAGUAAAAUGUUGAAACUGUGAAUGUUUCAGGAUUAAUCUUGGUAACAAAACUUA